AUGAAGAAGAUCCAGGCGGUCUUUACUGUGCUCUUUUCAGUUUCGGUCUGCCAGGCUGAGUCUAGUUUCCCUGGCCAGACCGCCCUUCGAAAAUAUACCCUCGAUGAUAUUGUACCUACCACCGACCAGGCUUCUGGGCAUGUCAAGUGCUGCCCCACCGGCACAGAGUUUGAUGGCCAUGCCUGUAUCCUGAGCGCGCCCAUCUGUCCUGAUGGAAGCUCUCGUGUUGGAGACAAGUGUGUCUUCCAUACGAAUCCAACCUGCGAUGCUGGAUAUGAGCUCAAGGAUGGUCUCUGUGUUACCACUCAGCCCCCUACCUGCGACCAAGGAACCAUUCCGCAAGGCGAUCACUGCGUCCUGGAAGGGGGUGCUAGCUGUGGGCCUGGGUAUCUUUUGAACGGCAAUGUUUGCGUUGCCCAAGGACCCCCUGUCUGCCCAGAUGGUGAACGCUUCAACGGAAGGUCUUGCGCAUCACUCAACGGACCGAAGUGCACGGAUGGUUCUAAGCUCGAAGAAGGUGUCUGUGUUGAUGAGAAGCCACCCAGAUGCCCCAAAGGAACUUCCUUCGACACGACCGGUACACGAUGCAUCUCGGAGCAGGUGCCAGGUUGCCCAGAGAACACAACUCCUCGAAACGGACAAUGCAUUUCGAAUAUCGGACCUCAGUGCCGUGAUGGCAGUAGCUACAACCCCAGAACUGAAUCUUGUACUACUAUCGAAAUGCCUCAGUGCCCACCCGAGACGGAGCUGGACAAUAACAAAUGCAUCUACACUGGUCAGUUGCAGUGUGAGAUGGACACAACUCUCUCUAUUAGCAACGCAGCUGGCUCAUCGCGCUGCUGCCCGCUCGACAUGGCAUGGAACGGAAAGAUUUGUCUCACAAAGGCGAUUGAUGGCAAGUGCCCGGAUGGGAGCACUCCGAUCAACAAUCGGUGUGAGAAGCAUUCCAAUCCUCAACCACACUGCCCGCCAAACUUCAAAUUGGACAAAACUCGCUGCGUUCUGCAAAGCUCUCCUCGGUGCCCAGAAGACAGCUAUCUGGACGGAAAUCAAUGCACCCUUGUAAAGAAGGCGGAAUGCGCACAGGGAACGGUUCUAAUCGGUAGUGACUGUGUGCUUCGAGGCCCUCCUUCUUGUCCCCCAAACACCAAUAUUGAAGGAGGCAAGUGUGUCAGUUAUGCCGAGCCAACUUGUGAUGAAAAUGCCACUUGGGAUGGCAAGCACUGUGUGGGUAAAGGUGGCAUCGUAUGUGAAGACGGAAUCUAUCAAGGUGGAGAUUGUACCACUGCGAGCCAGCCCAAGUGCAAAGAUGAUGCAUCAUUCGAUGGUACCCGCUGUGUUUCGAAUGUUUCCCCCAAGUGUACUUCGGGAUCUGUACUUAACGGAGAUGGAUUGUGCCUAACUGCGAUUCCUCCUCAAUGUCCUCCCAAUACCAAACUGCAAGGCGGGAACUGCGUCUACGGAAAGCCCAGCUGCGCCCCCGAUCAACGUCUUGUCAAUGGGCGGUGUGAGAGUUCAGAGGGACCCGAGUGUCCUGAAAAGUUCUUCUGGAAGGGUGGAAGGUGCACCCGUAUCGUCGAAGAACACUGUGAGCCUGGGUUCACCCUCAAGGACGGCCAAUGUAUCUCCGGCGCCACUCCUAAUUGUGGAGAUUUUGUAUUCAAUGGCAAGGCCUGUGUUGGUGAGAAGCCUCUCUGCCCUGACGGAACCCACCUCGAUGGAGAGAACUGCUUCUCCAACAUCGAUCCCCAGUGCCCGCCAGGUUUCAAGUUCAAUGGCAACAAAUGCAGCGCAGAUCAGCCCCCUCAAUGUCCACCUGGCACCAUACAUGACAAGGCUACCCAAGAUUGUGUCUCAGUAACAGAGCCUCGCUGCCCUCCCACGCAGAGAUUCAAUGGUAAACACUGCGCUAUUGCCUCUGGCGAGUGCAUGGAAUUCCAGUUCUGUCCCACUGAAUCCUAUGGAAGGGGAUGCCAGUUCACUCCCGCUGGUGUUAUUUGCAAUGGAUCGAAGUUCCAGCCGCAGCCGGAUAUCGGGCCCAUUGGACCUAAUGCCGGCGAGACAGGAUUCCCGAGCGGAGAAUUCCCUGUUCAGCACAACAUUGGCCAAGAUCAGGUUCCCAUCCAGCAGCCUAUUUGGCAGCCAGACAAUCUUGGAGUAUGGCAUCAGCAGCCCCCUGGUCAUCCAACUAGAUGGCAACCACCGCCACAGGGCAACCCCCAUGGUGCUUGGCAAGGACAGCCGCCUAACCAGCAGCCUAACUUGCAGCCAGGCAACCCUGGGGUAUGGCGUCAGCAGCCCCCUGGUCAUCCAACUGGAUGGCAACCACAGCCACAGGGCAACCCUGGAGUAUGGCGUGAGCAGCCCACUGGUCACCAAACUGGAUGGCAGCCACGGUCGUAG